AUGGUCGACCUCGAGCUCGACCACUCCACCGCCCACGACGGGCACGCCCUCCCCAACCAUGGAUCCGACGUUGUCGGGCCUCCAAGUGCAGAGUACAUGAUUUACACAAAACUGGUAUUCAUAUUACUUGAGAUGUUGCAGCUUUUAGAAACUCUGAAUCUCAGAUUUAUUGAGAUAUCAAAAUACCAGUUUGAGAUUCAUCGAGAUAAGGAGAUCUUAUUCGACCAUCAACCACUAUUGUUCAGGAAUUUUGAGUGGCGCACAUCCUGGUAUGGUGAGAGGCAAGCCGACGACCGGACAUCAUUUGUCAAGCUUGGUAAUGCUACUAAUUUGAAUGCUAAAAUUAUUCAGGAAGCAAACAGAACGACUACACUCACAAGGAACCAUGAAGCCAACGAUCCACGUCAACUAGAUGUUUUAGCUUUCAUUUUGUACAACUGA